CACCUAAAGAAAGCGCACCACUGCACCACUCGCACUCGAGCUCCGGAAAGAAGAAGAAAAAAAUUCCCCAUCUCCACACUCAGCUCUCUCUCUCUCGCUCGCUCGUCCGUCAGUGAGAGUGUGCUGGGCUAGCAGCUAGGGUUUCCGCGAGCCCUUGCCGGCGACCUGCGGGCGAUCUGGGGGGCUCCUCUAUCCGGCGGCGGCUGCGGCGGCGGCGGCCUGAUUCGAGUUCGGGGGCGGAGUGGGGAGGAGAUGAAGUCGUCGCUGCGGAAGCUGCGCGGCUUCGCGCUGCAGCGCCACGAGCAGCGGGUGGACCGCGACCGCGGCCGGGGCCACUCCACGGCCGCCGGGGUGGCGGCGGACGAGCUCCUCGCCGCUGCCCAGGAUAUGGCAGAUAUGAGGAGCUGUUAUGAUAAUUUGUUUUCUGUUGCCGCAGCAAUUGCAAAUAGUGCAUAUGAGUUCUCUGAAGCACUACAGGAAAUGGGAACUUGUCUACUUAAAAGAGUCACGCCAAAUAAGGACGGAAUAAAUGAUAAGGUUUUGCUGUUGCUCGGGAAAGCACAAUUUGAACUUCGGAAACUUGUAGAUAGUUAUCGUGUGCAUGUUCUUAAUACCAUAACCACUCCAUCACAGUCCCUUCUUAAUGAGCUUCAAACUGUGGAGGAAAUGAAGCGUCAGUGUGAUGAAAAAAGAGAAUUGUUCGAAUUCAUGCUAAAUGCGCAGAAAGAAAAGGGAAGAUCUAAGAAUACUAAAGGUGAUAUGGGCGCAUCAGAGCAAUUGAGACAAGCUCGGGAAGAUUAUCAAGAGGAAGCAGCCCUUUUUCUAUUCCGAUUAAAGUCAUUGAAGCAAGGACAGUUCCGGAGUCUUUUCACACAAGCUGCUCGGCACCAUGCUGCUCAGCUAAAUUUGUUCAGAAAGGGGCUCAAGUCUCUUGAGGCUGUAGAGCCACAUGUUAGGCUCGCUGCUGAGCAACAGCACAUUGAUCAUCAGUUCAGUGCACUUGAAGAGGAGGAUUACUAUGUUGAGGAUGAAAAUGAUGACGAUUACAAUGACAGUCAUGACGGAGAGCUGUCUUUUGAUUAUGGAGAUACUAAGGAAGCUGAAGAAACCGAUAAUGCUUCCAGAAGUCAUACAGAGGAUUUUUUUAAUAGAAGCAGAGAUGAGUAUUCCUCUGUUCCCCGUGAAAGACAAAGAGCUGUAAGUCAGUCAGCCCCCCUUUUUCCUGAGAAAAAGGUCGAAACGGAAGAGAGAAUAAAAGAGCUGCGGCGUUCUGCAACAAGGAAGUUAAAUACUUAUGUUUUGCCUACUCCAAAUGAUGUUCAAGCCACCUCUCAGAUAGUUUCAGGAAAUCCCACUUCUGGAUCUCUUCUCGAGAGCAAAGGUGCAAUAUAUUCAUCUCCGCUCCACGCAUCUGCAGAUAUGGGAGAUUUGAGAGACAAUAAGCUACCUAGUCCUACAAGAUUAUCUGCUGCACAGUCCGUGCUGAAAGAGAGCAAUACCAAUACUGCAGAAACAAGGAAAAUGCUCCCGGUGGGUGAUUUGGCCUUACCAGGCUAUUAUGACUCGAAGACUUUUGACAACAAAAAGGUGAAGAGAGGGUCCUUUUCUGGUCCAAUAGCUUCCAGACCAAGGUCAACAGAGAACAUUGAUGUUGUUUCUGCACCGCCUAGGCACAGCUCUGCACAUCAGCCAGAAAUUCAUGUCAGAGUUUCUCCCAGCAACUCCCCGCCACCCAUAUCCUCACCCAAAAUCAAGGAACUUCAUGAGCUUCCUCGACCGCCUGUUAAUUCAUCAAAAAAUACAACAUUUUCCAGCUUAGUAGCUCAUUCUGCCCCACUGGUACCAAAUUCUGCCUCUUUAGCACCCAAAGUCCAAGAUCAUUUUAGGGCAAGACAAACACCACCAAGUGCUCCACAAACCGCAUCACCUUUACCAACGCCACCGUCUGGGCCUAUAGCCCGUAGUUUUUCUAUACCUUCUAGGGGCAUGAGAACACCUGGGAUUUCAGAUAGUAAAGAAGCAGAAGACCAUCAUGAUAAAGGAACGGCCAGAAUGAGCCUCUCUUCUCUUCCUUCAACGCAAACAUUCUUGGAAGAUCAUCAGCCAUUGUCAGCAGUUGCCGAGUCAGUUAGCAAAACAUAGGGGUAUUUGGUGUCAAGUCGGAUUUUUAUCAUAUCGUUCUAAUCAAGUGGCGCAGCUACCUCGUUGUGGAAGAACAUUGUACAUAUUAGCAUGUGAACUCAGCCAAUAUUGGAGAGUAGUUGGUGUUUGGUGUGCCAUUUGGUCAAAGAUGUUGUGCAAAUAACGGGCUGUGGAACAAAAUCCCCAUUUUUCCUCUCGGAUUAAUUGUUGUAAGAUCUGUUUGUUUUCCCUUUGAAGCAAGGCUUUGUGUGCCAUCAGGUAUCCGCAGCUUAUGUAAUCAUCCCUGACCAAACAAUCUCUAAGGAAGGGUGGGGAAUUUCUAGUUCCCAAAUCCCAAUGUGUAUGGAGGAUAUUGGCUGAAUGGCUUUGGACAGAAAAAAACAAGAGGAAGAGGUAGUUGUGCA